GAGGAAAACCUGUUAAUUUGGUGGAAGGACCUGAUUGUAAUGGUUGUAAUUCUUUAGGGACCUAAUCUUGAGAAUGAAAAUUAUGCGAGGCAAAGCGAUUUUCAUCGUCGGUGCAAUGCAAAGCUGUAGACUUUCUGCCGGGAAGUCCUAAAAAAUGCCGCCGAACGUUCCGGCGCCGAAACCCACCAAGCCGUACUUCUUCUACGGCCACCGGAGGCCCUCUCAAAACCGCCCCGUCGUCUACGGCGGCCUCUUCUCCUCCCGCAAGACCAUAACUCCCCAACCCCCCGACGCCAAAACCCGCCAUGUACCCACCCCCAACUUCGACCUCCACAAAUGGGACCCGGAGAACCCGCUCCAUCCCCACUCCCCAGCUCCCAAAUCCUCAUCGGAGACCUUCUUCACAGCGUCCCGCAACCUCUCUCCGAUCGCUCGAUUCAUCACCGACGCGUUUCGCAAGAACUCAGGCCGGUGGGGUCCCCAGGUCGUUUCUGAGCUCAACAAGCUGCGCCGCGUGACCCCGAACCUCGUGGCCGAGGUCCUUAAGGUGGAGACCAACCCCACCGUCGCUUCCAAGUUCUUCCAUUGGGCGGGAAAGCAGAAGGGCUAUAGGCACACCUUUGCCGCAUACAAUGCCUUCGCUUACUGCUUGAAUCGGAGCAGCCAGUUCCGGGCGGCGGACCAGCUGCCAGAGCUGAUGGAUUCCCAGGGUAAGCCGCCAACUGAGAAGCAAUUUGAAAUCUUGAUUAGGAUGCAUAUAGAUGCUAAUAGGGGCUUGAGGCUUUACUUCGUGUAUGAGAAGAUGAAAAAGUUUGGGGUGAAGCCCCGUGUGUUCUUGUAUAAUAAGAUCAUGGACGGUUUAGUGAAAACGGGCCAUUUGGAUUUGGCUCUGUCAGUUUACAAGGAUUUUAAGGAUGACGGUUUGGUCGAAGAGAGCAUUACUUACAUGAUUCUCAUAAAGGGGUUGUGUAAGGUGGGGCGCAUCGAGGAAAUGUUGGAGAUUUUGGGGAAGAUGCGCCAGAAUUUAUGUAAGCCGGAUGUCUUUGCAUACACAGCAAUGGUGAGGUUACUGGUCUCAGAGGGAAACAUAGACGGGUGUCUCAGAGUGUGGGAGGAAAUGAGGAGAGAUGGUGCUGAAGCUGAUGUUAUGGCCUAUGGAACUUUGGUUACUGGGUUGUGCAGAGCUGGGAGGGCAGAGAAGGCCUAUAAGUUCUUCGAGGAGAUGAAAAAAAAGAAAUUCUUGAUUGAUCGGGCAAUCUAUGGGGUACUCAUUGAGGCAUUUGUAUCUGAUGGUAAGGUGGGAUCAGCCUGCGAUUUGUUGAAGGACUUGAUAGAUUCGGGUUACAGAGCUGAUCUGGGGAUUUAUAAUACAAUAAUUGAAGGAUUGUGCAAGGUGAAGCGGGUAGAUAAAGCUCGUAAGCUCUUCCUGAUCAUGGUUCAAGAAGAUGUGCAGCCCAAUUUUGAGUCAGUGAAUCCCAUGUUAAAUUUGUAUGCAAAAAUGAGAAAUAUGGAUGAUUUCAGCCGGUUGCUGGAGCAAAUGCAGAACUUGGGAUUCUCAGUUUUGGACAAUCUCUCCAUGUUCUUCUUGUCUCUCGUGAACGAGGAGGAUGGGACGAUGACGGCUUUAGAUGUCUUUGAGGACUUGAAAGUUCGAGGUUAUUGCAGCAUUGCAAUCUACAAUAUACUGAUGGGAUCUUUGUGUAAAACUGGAGAGCUGAAAAGGGCACUCUCACUCUUUGAAGAAAUCACGAGCUCAAGCUUCAAACCUGAUUCAUUGAGUUAUAGUAUCGCCAUAGAAUGUUUGGUUGAAACUGGUUCAGUCCAAGAAGCAUGCAGAUGUUAUUACAGGAUCAUUGAGAUGUCUUGUCUUCCCUCCAUCGAUGCAUAUCGUUCUCUGGCUCAAGGCCUUUGCAGAAUUGGAGAGAUCGAUGCGACUGAUAUGCUUGUUCGGGAUUGCCUAGGGAGUGUUUCUAGUGGCCCGAUGGAGUUCAAAUAUUACCUGACUAUUAUUCAUGUGUGUAAAUCUGGUCAUUUCGAGGAAGUUCUUGAGGUCCUUGAUGAGAUGAUUCAGCAGGAUUGUCCCCCAUCAAUUAUCUCGUACUCUGCUAUAAUCUCCGGAAUGUGCAAGUAUGGAACAAUAGAGGAUGCUAGGAAGGUCUUUUCAAGUAUAAAGGAUCGCAAACUUUUAACUGAAGCAGAGUGUAUUGUGUAUGAUGAAAUGCUUGUCGAGCACACGAAGAAGAAGACGGCAGACCUUGUGGUAUCGGGACUGAAAUUCUUCGGGCUGGAGAAGAAAUUGAGACGAAAAGGUUGCAAGCUGUUGGGCAGUUGAUGACUAAGAGGGAUUAGAGGGAGGCUGAUCGAAGUUGGAGAGACAAAGGAUCAUUGAUCAAACUUAUCUAAUUGGACAUUGGCAAUUGGGUCUACCAGUCCGUAUCAAAUGAAAAUUCCUGCAUUGUGCCAUCUACUGCUUUACAUGUGGGUGGUGUUCACACAGAUAGAGAAUCAUUUCGGGAAGAAGUCUUCUAUCUGGAUUUCACUAAGGAAGAGUUCUCUGUACGUCACAGAUCUCAUCAGCUAAAGAAUCAUUUCGGGAUAGAAGUCUUUCUAUCUGGAUUUCACUAAGUAAGAGUUCUCUGCACGUCACAGAUCUCAUCAGCUAAAAAUCAUUUCGGGACAAUUCAUUGAUUGGUUUGAACAAGUAGUUCAACCUCGGCUUCUCAAAAUGACUCGUUGCAGCCUCAGCUCUUUGGAAAGGUUUGUGCAGAAAGCAUCUGCUCAUUGAUAUAAGACUUUUCCUUCGGAUUUAGUUGCUGUUAGGGUAGGUUUGGCUCGAUGAGAAUCGCAUUUGCAUUCCACCGGCUCGGCUGCCCUCACUAUUGGCAAGCUCAUCUAUAUCUGAUUAUCUUCCAGUAAUAAAUGAACUGUUUAUAUUGCAAAACUCGAUUGUUCAUGGAAUUAGUGAACUGAGACCUCUUUAUUCUA